CUACUGGGUUUCAGCCUCGUCCCAGCAGCGGCUCUGAGAAGCGCAGCGGAACUCGGCCCGACCCAGUUCGGUUCAUUACACCCUGCCGGGGGUUGUAGCUUCCACUUGCACCUUCUAGCCAUUAUGGCAACUUCUUCUGAAGAAGUUUUGCUGAUUGUGAAGAAGGUGCGUCAGAAGAAGCAGGAUGGAGCACUGUACCUCAUGGCAGAAAGAAUUGCUUGGGCACCUGAAGGCAAAGAUAGAUUUACCAUCAGCCAUAUGUAUGCGGAUAUUAAAUGCCAGAAAAUUAGUCCAGAAGGAAAAGCUAAAAUUCAGCUUCAGCUGGUCCUGCACGCAGGGGACACAACUAACUUCCAUUUUUCCAAUGAGAGCACAGCUGUGAAAGAGCGAGAUGCAGUAAAGGACCUUCUUCAGCAGCUGCUGCCCAAAUUCAAGAGGAAAGCAAAUAAAGAACUGGAAGAGAAAAACAGAAUGCUGCAAGAAGAUCCUGUUUUAUUUCAGCUUUAUAAAGACCUUGUUGUGAGUCAGGUGAUAAGUGCUGAAGAAUUCUGGGCCAAUCGUUUAAAUGUGAAUGCAGCAGAUAGUUCUUCCACAUCCAAUCAUAAGCAGGAUGUUGGCAUUUCUGCAGCAUUUCUGGCUGAUGUCCGGCCCCAAGCAGAUGGCUGUAAUGGUUUGAGGUAUAAUUUAACCUCUGAUAUCAUUGAGUCCAUAUUUAGGACCUAUCCAGCAGUAAAAAUGAAAUAUGCAGAAAAUGUUCCCCACAACAUGACAGAGAAGGAAUUCUGGACGCGGUUUUUCCAGUCCCAUUAUUUUCACAGGGACCGGCUAAAUACAGGGUCAAAGGAUCUCUUUGCAGAAUGUGCCAAAAUAGAUGAAAAAGGGUUAAAAACAAUGGUUUCGUUAGGAGUGAAAAAUCCACUAUUAGAUUUGACAGCUUUGGAAGAUAAACCAUUAGAUGAGGGCUACGGUCUGUCUUCUGCACCAUCUACUUCCAGUUCUAAAUCCAUUAAAGAGAAUAGUAAUGCUGCCAUCAUCAAACGGUUUAAUCAUCACAGUGCCAUGGUCCUGGCAGCAGGUCUCAGGAAACAGGAAGCACAAAAUGAACAAAACGGUGAGCCCAGUGGUACAGAUGGAAAUUCUGGAGAUGCAGACUGCUUUCAGCCUGCAGUCAAAAGGGCAAAGUUACAAGAAUCCAUUGAAUAUGAAGACUUGGGAAAAAAUAAUUCCAUAAAAACAAUUGCACUAAAUCUCAAGAAGUCAGAUAGGUAUUAUCACGGUCCAACUCCAAUCCAGUCUCUGCAGUAUGCAACAAGUCAGGACAUUAUUAAUGCUUUUCAGAGUAUUAGACAAGAAAUGGAAGGUUAUACUCCCAGGUUAACUCAGGUUCUCUCAAGUAGUGCCGCCAGUACUACCAUCACAGCACUGUCCCCUGGAGGGGCACUCAUGCAGGGAGGGACACAGCAAGCCAUAAACCAAAUGGUGCCAAAUGAUAUUCAGUCUGAAUUGAAACACUUGUAUGUAGCCGUUGGAGAACUUCUGCGGCAUUUCUGGUCCUGCUUUCCCGUUAAUACGCCAUUCCUGGAAGAAAAGGUAGUGAAAAUGAAAAGUAAUCUGGAACGAUUCCAAGUCACAAAACUCUGCCCAUUCCAAGAAAAAAUUCGGAGACAGUAUUUAAGCACAAAUUUGGUGAGUCACAUAGAAGAGAUGCUCCAGACAGCCUACAACAAGCUCCACACCUGGCAGUCACGGCGCCUGAUGAAGAAGACGUGAGGUGUCUGUGGCGCUUGUAGGUUCUGUGAGAUGUGAGAACUGUGACCUGCAGUGACUCUGGAAACCUGGCCUGACAGACCUGCAGAUGAGUGACAAGAAAUGCCUGCACCAUGCCGACCCCGAGCUGAUGCUGUUGUACUUGCACAUUGGGAACUGAAAGGAAGAAAGGGACUAAGAGUCAACUAAAUGCCGGGGAGGUAAAUAAGGCCAAACCAAAAUGAGCUAAGUUGCAAAUAUAUAUAUAUAUAUAUAGACAUAUAUAUAUAUAUAGACAUACAUAUAUAUAUUUUAAAAGACUGUUUACUGCAGUUACUCAGGAACUGCUUUUGAUUUACAUUAAGCUGCUUUCAGAACUAUUAAAAGAAAAAACACUUUUUAAAAAGGGUGCAUUGGUAAAAUCUGAGGGUUUUAUGUUGUUUGUUUUUGUUUUUCUGUGUACUUUUUUUUCUAAAUUUAUGGCACAGGGUAGACCUUAAGUAUUUCUCCUCCAUCCUCCACUUGGAUCCUCGAGUUUUACUGAGUUCUAGUUGUACCUUCCAUCAGCAAGCUGAAGAGGGUACUUUAAACUAAAGCAGAGGGAGACUGUUGCUUAACCAUCAGGAAACAGUUGUAGUCGGAAGACAUCAUUGGUUCUGUGUUUCCUACGGAAAUAAGCAGUUAAAAUAUUGCACUGAAUGUUUGUGGUUUGGCGUCCCUGAAUAAUAAAGAGGGGACAUACUUGCAGAAAGUCACUUGGUUUUUUAUGCAGAAUUUUGUCAGAAGACAGCGAUGCUGCAUGUUUUCUUUUGAGUGCAAAUGUACAUUGCGAAGAUUUUUUUUUAAAAGAUGGCAUGUGCUUUGAAAAGAGGAAAUUGCAUUUUUAAGAGUUUAAGAGUCUUAUGAGUGAGAAAUAUAAGAAAUCUUACUUAUUUUCACCUCUUUAGAAGAAAUAAACGAUGUUUCUCAUAUCUCCUUUUCUCCAGCAUCUGACUGUUACUGUCCUUGGCGAAUCGAUAAUCAUUGCAUAGUGACUGAAAAGGCUAAGUGCAAAAAAAAAAGUGAGAGAUAUGUUCUUGUUUCUGGACUCCGUGCCAUAUUUGUUCCUAAUAGGAUCAACUCAUUGUUUAUCUAAGACUUCAAAUGUCUUGUAUUAAAAAAUACACAAAAAAGUAAAACUUUUUAUAGACCCUCUU